AUGUGCCGUCAGCUGUUUAUGCUGCUGUUGCUGGUGGCUGCCAGCAAUGCGGCAACACAUGUCAACAUUUCCAUAGCCCAACAGCCGGCUACGAAUCCAGCUGAUGUUAACAUUGUGGAUGGACAUGCGCCUGCCGAGCUGCGAGCGGGUCCCUAUCGUCCGGAGGAGGAGCCACGCUUUGCACGCCUGCAGGAGCGUCCACAACAGCAGCAACAGCAACAGCAACAGCAGCAGCAGUUGCCACAACAGUUGCCACAACAGCAGCAAUCUCAGCAGCCGCAACAGCAACAGCCGGUGUCACCUCGCCAGGGCUUGGGAUUGCAGCCAACACCUGUUGCAACUGGCAACAAUGGUCGUCUGCCACGUCGUCGUGGUCACAAACGCCGUCCCUCGUUGCAUCAACAGCCGCCACACAGCGGACAGUUCCGUCAACGCAACCAACAACUGCGCCAAAAUCAGGAAUUCGAACGUUACAUUCAGUCGUAUCAUAGUCAUGGACCUUCUGUCGAAACUGUCUUUGAAUCCUCCAGUCCUUCCCCUCAGCGCUAUACACAAUCCAGCAGCAGCAGCUCAAGUUCCAUUGCCCCAGACGAUGCAGUGUCCAUAGGUGGCGCCAAAUCGCAGCAGUUGCGCAUGUUUGAACGCCAGGUGGCUGCGCCGGUUGCACAACAGAGUCAGAGUGCCAAUGUGGAGCAGGCACAGGAUAGCAAACCUGUCUAUGAGCCACAAGCGCCAGCGCCUGUUCAAACUGCUUCUAUAGCGCCCGUCAGUUCGAGUUCCGUCUCCAGCUCUAGUUCCUCCUCCUCCUCCUCGUCUUCCUCGCCCAGUUCCAGUUCAGGCAAUGCUCCUGCACCUGCACUCGCCCCCGCUGCAAUUCCCAAUGAAGCCAAGUUGGGAGGCGGCGUCUCAUAUGAACCCUCGUUUGAGCCCGCUUUCGAUGUUGGUACUAGCUACAACAGACCCAGUUAUGAUCAGGGUGGCUACAGCUAUGAUGAUGUCCAGGAUGAUUAUCAGGAUCAAUAUCCACCAGCCGUAGAUGAGAACUCCGGCUAUGAUGACUACUCGGAUCAGGCUGGCGGAUCAGGUUACUUGCCACCACAACGUGGCUAUGUGCAACCCGCACCACCGCGUCCCCUUGUUACCAAGACCAUACAGAUUGUGCAGCCGGCGCUAAAGGCCAAGAAGUACGAGGUGCGUCAUCCGGCCGUUCAAAAGGAGUUCUAUGACAUUGAGGAGCGUGUUGUGAUUAAACCUGCUGGCACAUUGGUUGUGGAACUGGACCACCCGGUGGCCAAGAUACCCAGAGGAGAGACGCUGCUGCCCCUGGGCCAUCCACAUCCUGCUGUGGCUGCUGCCUACAACAACAAUGGUCACGUGCAGACCCAGGAUUAUAGCCACAAUGCCAAUACGUACAGACCCUCGUAUGAGCAGCCCAAGGAGCAAUCCCAGGUGACCACAGUGGGCUCCAGUGUGACCACCAUGCCCAGCUAUGAUCAGGCACCCAAGGAUGAGUAUGUCGAGGCUCAGCUGCAGCAACAGCAGCCACAGGAUGCCACCGACGGCAAUCGUCAGCCCUCUCCCGCAACCUCCUCCACGUCCAGCUCCAGCUCUGGGUCGAGUUCCACUAUAACCGCCACUGAUUCGAAUGGUAAUCAAUUCCAGAUUAGCAGAAAGCAUUUGGCGCCGGGUAUGAUCCCACGCCAGGAGCCAGAGCUGCAGGAUUAUGACUAUGGACGCAGUGAGGCCAGUUAUCCACCUCAACGCAGUUAUCAACGCGCCAACAGCUUCAAUCGCCAGUCUUAUCCGAGUCAGAGCACCGAUGAUUACUUCACUGGUGAAUUCCUGCCCAAUGCCAAUGCCGGCAAUGUGGAGUCCAAGCCAGCGCGUCUUGAGGAGGCGCCACGCCCUCAGAUCAUCAAGCAUGAGCACAAGAUUCAUUUGCCGCCCUCCCAGCAUAACAUAUACCUUGGACGCAGUCGCCAGCCGCCGCCAAAGGAGCGUCGCAUCUCCGAGGUGCAACUGCCAUUUGGACAGGAGCAUCCUGCCCAUGUGGCCGAAUUGAAGCCAUAUCUGCGCAAUCAUGCAGGUCCUACGGUGGUUUAUGCCAAGUCAGCGGCUCGACCCGCCGCUCCACGCUCCUACUACCAACAGUCGUCGCGUCAGCGUAGUCCCCUCGCCGAGGAACUGGAAUACAGUGCUCCAUAUUCACGCAUGCGCUACGAUCCGGAUAUAGAAUCUGGACGUCUUGAGGAGGCGCCAAAGGAGGUGCAGACAAAGGAACCCGCCAAGGCGCAAAUUCAUCUGCAGAUCCCACAUGAGCAUGAUCCCGAUCAGUCCAUCGUGGCCACAGCGACCAUCAGUCCAGUUAAGCCCGACUGCGAUCAGAAGCAGGAGCAGCAGGAACGAUCCUCCCGCUUGAGACAACAGCCACAGCAGCAACAACAAUUCCAGAGAUUGGUGGAGGCACCAGCUGCCGCCGCGUCACCAGCAACCACCCAGGCCACGCCCACGCCAACCCAAUCCCAGCUGGAUGUGGAUGUGGCGGGUAAUGGCGCCGCCGGACACCUCAAUCGACACCUGCAGCCCAAUGAGCGCGUUAUUUCCGCCACUGCCGCACCCACCGAUGCAGCUGCAACGAGCGAAACCUUCCACAAGCGCCGCAUUGUGGUCAAUCAUCCGUUCCAGACGGUGCGCGAGGUGGUCGAGCAUGAGCCCAUUACCAACUAUCAUCAGAUUCAGGUGAAUGAGCCCGCCUCCCCCAUGCUGUUCCAUCAAGCUGCCUACUAUCAACAACCUGUGCAGACCCAUGGCAAUCUGGUGCAGUAUCAAAGCGCCUCCACACAUGGCAAUCUCUAUUCCCACUAUGGUUAG